CGCCCCGUUCGCGUCGCCGGCGCCUCCGGCGGUUUCUCAGACCGUGUCCGCGCCAUCGCCAGUCUGGCGAAGAAUGAGGAAGUUGAUGUCAUUGUCGGGGACUGGCUUUCCGAGCUGACCAUGACCAUCCACGGCACCGGCAAGAUCAAGAAUAUGGAGCAAAUGCUCCAGGCGCGCACUUUUGAGGAGAAGCUCGACUACGCCAUGUUCGCCGAGAACUUCCUCGACUGCUUCCUGCCCGCUGUCCCAGACCUCGCGAGCAAGGGCGUCAAGCUCGCUGUAAACGCCGGCGCGUCUGACACCGAGCUCCUUGCGCAGCUCGUGGAUAAGAAAGUCAAGGAGCUGGGAUAUAACCUCAAGGUUGCUUGGAUUGAGGGCGACGACGUUACCGGUACCGUCAAGGGCAUGCUGAACAAGGGCGAGGGAUUCAGGAGCCUGAUGCACAACAAAUCGGUCGCGGAAUGGGGUCUGGAACCCGUCUGCGCGCAGUGCUACCUCGGCGGCAUGGGUAUUGCAAAGGCGCUCACUGAGGGCGCUGACAUUGUCAUCGCGGGUCGUGUGUCGGACGCUUCUCCUAUCAUCGGUGCCGCUGCUUGGUGGCAUGAGUGGACAAACGAUAUGUUCGAUGAGCUUGCUGGAUCGCUCAUCAUUGGCCAUCUUCUGGAAUGCUCCGCCUACGUUUCUGGGGGAUACUGCGCUGAUUUCCGCUCGCUCCUCGCCGCCGGCAAGCACCUCAACUUGGGCUUCCCCAUCUGCGCCAUCGACCACAAAGGUGAGGGCAUCAUGUGCAAAGAGAAGAACACGGGCGGUGAGAUGACUGUGGCCUCGGUCACCUCGCAGCUCCUCUACGAAAUCCAAGGCCCCCAAUACUACAACUGCGACGUCACCGCCCAGAUCGAGGACAUCAAGAUUGAGCAGGUUGGCGAGGAUCAGGUCAAGGUCUCUGGCGUCAAGGGCCUACCGCCACCGCCGACGACCAAGGUUGGCCUCACGGGCUUCGCUGGCUGGCAAGCUGAGUACCACGUCUACCUUUGCGGUCUGCACAUCGAGGAGAAGUGCAGGUGGACAGAAGAACAAGUCAAAUACGAACUUGGCGAGGAGACUCUCAAAAAGUUCACGACGCUCAAGUUCAUGCAAAACGGCUCCUCCGUAAUCGACGCGCGCAACCAGGACGUCGCCACCGUUGACUUCCGCAUCUUCGCUCAAUCUAAAGACCGCGAGCUCCUCAACAUGCGCAACCCCCAGGGCUUCUUCCGCAUCUCCAUGGUCACCUUCCUGCAGUCCUGCCCCGGUGCUUCGCUCGGCAACGACAUGCGCCAGGCAGAAGGCAAGCCCUACUACGAGUACCACCCGUCCCUGCUCCCGCAGGCCGCCCUGCAGCAGCGCGUGCACUGCCUCUGGGACGGCGCCGAAACCGAGGGCUUCAAAGACGGCAAGAAGGUCAUCGACAUGCCUCUCGCCCCCGAAUUCCGCACCUACGACCGCCAGCAGCCGUCCUACGAGACCACGAACCCCGUUCCGCUCGACAGCUUCGGCCCCACCGUGCGCCUCCCGCUCGGCUCCAUCGUGCUGGGCCGCUCGGGCGACAAGUGCUCUGACUGCAACGUGGGCUUCUUCGUGCGCCACAACGACGAGUGGGAGUGGCUGCGCAGCCUGCUGACUAUCAACAAGAUUAAGGAGCUGCUGGGCCCCGAGGAAUACAAGGGCAAGCCGAUUGAUCGCUUUGAGAUGCCCAAUAUUCGCGCCGUGCACUUCCUGCUGCACGACCAUCUCGAUCGGGGUUACGAUGCAUGC